CGGGCUGUGGAGGCACACACACAUCUUCUCUGCAGGAACAUCCACGCAGCGUCUCAGGAGCGCAGAGACCAUGAAGACAAGCGGCAGGUCGAGGAGUACAGAUUCACCUGCAGACGACUGAUUGAAGAGGCAGGAUGGCGGGGGGUCGGAGGGGACUUGUGGCCCCGCAGAAUACUUUUUUGGAGAAUAUUGUGAGACGGUCCAACGUUUGGACACUGUCACAUAGACAGACAGAUACCAACUUUGUGCUGGGAAACGCUCAGAUAGUAGACUGGCCCAUCGUCUACAGCAACGACGGUUUCUGCAAGCUGUCGGGGUAUCACAGAGCAGAGGUGAUGCAGAAAAGCAGCACCUGCAGCUUCAUGUACGGGGAGCUCACGGACAAGGACACAACGGAAAAAGUGCGACUAACAUUCGAGAAUUAUGAGAUGAACUCAUUUGAAAUACUGAUGUACAAAAAGAACAGGACGCCGGUGUGGUUUUUUGUGAAGAUUGCUCCCAUUCGAAACGAACAAGAGAAGGUGGUCCUGUUCCUUUGUACGUUCAGUGACAUCACAGCCUUUAAACAGCCCAUUGAAGACGACUCCUCUAAAGGCUGGGGAAAGUUUGCCCGACUGACUCGAGCGCUCACCAGCAGCAGAGGAGUCUUACAGCAGCUGCAGCCCACUGUGCACAAAGGAGAAAAUGUCCACAAGCAUUCCCGCUUAGCUGAGGUACUGCAGCUUGGCUCAGAAAUCCUACCUCAGUACAAACAGGAGACCCCCAAAACCCCUCCCCACAUCAUCCUGCACUACUGCCUCUUCAAGACCACGUGGGACUGGGUCAUCCUCAUCCUCACUUUCUACACGGCCAUCAUGGUGCCCUACAACGUCUCCUUCAAGACCAAGCAGAACAACGUGACGUGGCUGGUGGUGGACAGCAUCGUGGACGUCAUCUUCCUCGUGGACAUCGUUUUAAACUUCCACACAACGUUCGUGGGCCCCGCCGGCGAGGUCAUCUCAGACCCCAAGCUGAUCCGCAUGAACUACCUGAAGACCUGGUUUGUUAUCGACCUGCUGUCCUGCCUGCCGUACGACGUCAUUAACGCCUUCGAGAACGUAGACGAGAAUUGGAACCACCGAGCUGUCACUCAAGGGAUCAGCAGUCUGUUCAGCUCUCUGAAGGUGGUCCGACUCCUCCGUCUGGGGCGGGUCGCUCGUAAACUGGAUCACUACAUCGAGUACGGGGCGGCAGUACUGGUCCUGCUGGUCUGUGUUUUUGGACUGGCUGCUCACUGGCUGGCCUGCAUUUGGUUCAGCAUCGGGGAUUACGAGGUUAUCGAUGAAGAAACAAACUAUGUGCGGAUGGACAGCUGGCUCUACAUCCUGGCAGAGACGGUGGGAAACCCCUACCGCUUCAACGUCAGCGGCUCAGGGAAGUGGGAGGGCGGGCCGAACAAAGACUCGGUGUACAUCACUUCGCUCUACUUCACCAUGACCAGCCUCACCAGCAUCGGCUUCGGCAACAUCGCCCCGACAACAGACGGAGAGAAAAUCUUUGCGGUGGCCAUGAUGAUGAUUGGAUCCCUUCUUUACGCCACCAUCUUUGGUAAUGUGACAACAAUCUUCCAGCAGAUGUACGCCAACACAAAUCGUUACCAUGAGAUGAUUAACAGCGUGCGGGACUUCCUCAAGCUCUACCAGGUGCCCAAGGGCUUGAGUGAAAGAGUUAUGGACUACAUCGCCUCCACCUGGUCCAUGUCUCGGGGUAUAGACACUGAAAAGGUGUUGCAGAUUUGUCCAAAAGACAUGAGGGCAGAUAUUUGUGUUCAUCUCAACCGGAAGGUUUUUAAAGAGCACCCGGCUUUCCGUCUGGCCAGCGACGGGUGUCUCCGAGCGCUUGCCAUGGAGUUUCAGACCAUCCACUGCGCCCCUGGUGACCUGAUCUACCACGCCGGGGAGAGUGUGGACAGCCUCUGCUUCGUGGUGUCGGGGUCACUGGAGGUCAUACAGGAUGACGAGGUGGUGGCAAUUUUAGGUAAGGGAGAUGUAUUUGGGGACGUUUUCUGGAAAGAAGUGACUCUCGCUCAGGCCUGCGCCAACGUCCGAGCUCUGACCUACUGUGACCUGCACGUCAUUAAACGCGACGCCCUGCAGAAGGUGCUGGAGUUUUACACCGCGUUUUCAAACCACUUUUCCAGGAACCUGCUGCUCACUUACAAUCUGCGAAAGAGGAUUGUCUUCCGAAAGAUCAGUGAUGUGAAGAGGGAGGAAGAGGAGAGACAGAGACGUAAAAAUGAAGCCCCUCUGAACUUGCCGCCAGAUCACCCGGUGCGGAAACUCUUCCAGCGCUUUCGACAGCAGAAGGAGGCGCGGCACGAACCUGAAAAAACGGCUGACCAUGAUAUCGAGAAGGGCCCGGUGUAUGUGGACAUCCCAAUAGCCAAAGCAGCCAUCACAACCACCAGCAUCGUCACAGUGACAGAGAGCCCAGCAACACCUUCUUCUUCUAUGCCUUCAUCUUCAACAACACUCAACUGCGCUCCCUCAGACAAGGCAAAGCUGCAGGUGCCGGUGCCCGUUUCUCUUAUCGGGGGUCGGGUCUCAGAACCAGUCAAAGUCAAAGGCUGGGGUCGCUUCAAGGAGUCCAUGGUCAAACCUGACAAUUGGAACAAAGUGUCUAAAGCUGAAUCCAUGGAGACUUUACCCGAACGGACCAAGGUGCUCGAGUCACCGAUGUCUCUAAAGAAGACAGACUCUUGUGACAGCGGCAUCACAAAAAGUGAUCUGCGCCUUGACAAAGUGGGAGAGUUUCGCAUUUCACCCCAGGACCGAAGUCCCGUGCAGCCUCCGGAGACCAGGCACCCCUUCUACCCCAUCCCGGAGCAGACGCUACAGGCCUCGCUCUUGGAGCUCAAACUGGAGCUGAAGGACGACCUCAAGAACCUGAACGUUCGGAUGUCCGGCCUGGAGGCGCAGCUCACAGAAGCACUUCAACUCCUCAAAUCGAGGAGAUCAGAUACUGGCUCUCCACAGCCGCUUUUUGACAUUUCUAGACCUGCUUCACCAGAACUGGACAAAGAGGACAUCUUCUCUUGAAGGGAGGUACGUUAACUCAUCAGGUUGACUGUGAAUCAGCUGGAAUCCAGUAAUAACCAGAUUACUUGGAUAGGCUGCAAUGGGUGCACCUUUUAGGUUAUAAGGCAACAGUGUGGUCUUUGAGACGCACCAGCCUUUUAUCAUAGGGGUGUACCCUUCCGUUUACAAGGCCACAUCGUGUGGAGAAGUCCCGGGUGUAGCCGAGAUCUUGUUGUCGGAAGACCAAAAGAUCAGGAGGUCAUACAAACACUGACAGCUCUAUGUCUGUACAUAAGUUUGAUUUAUUUUUCCAUCGCACUAUAAUGGAGAAAUAGCUUGAGCGGUUUGAUUUUAUCUCGAUUUUGAGAGCGUCAGUGGAAGACCAUAGUUAUAUCUCUGUUUUGAAACGAGUAGAAACAGCAUGACCCACAGGUUUGUUAUUGCAUCAAUUGUAUGAGAUUCUUUGCAUGUCACAUAAAGUAGGCGUGCGUCUCUAAAUUGCAGAUGGUGCAUAUGUAAUUAAUUAAGGCCACACCGUGAGUCAUUUGCAUUAUUUCACUAUGACAGCGGGAAAGAGCAGUCUUUCCAGAUGUUGAAACAGGCUCACAGUAAUUUCCUCCAGCAAUUGAUGAACUCUUCUUAUUAAAUCAACUGCUCAGCAUCAUUAUGAAUAAUACAACAGAUAACUCUGGCCGAGCAAUCAGAUUUUAAAAGAUGUCUUUUAGCAGAGAUAAUAAUUCCUAUCAACCAUGGGAGGAUGAAAGGCGGCACAUUAUCCAUCUUUCCUGAUAUCUUGUAUUUGUUUUUCUCGUGUACAAACACUACAAACACACAUGAUACAUAAUGUACUGUAUGAGAGUUUCGCACUUCUAGCUUUGUUGAUGAAUAAUAAUGUGAUGCAGAUGGUACUGAUAAUGGCUGUGGCCCUUCCCUUAUUUUAA